AUGGGAACCGAAAAGAAUACGUUAGACAUGGUAAAAGCUGCAGCAUCUGUAGCGAUGAGCCGACGUGCAGAGGACGGAAUCAUUCUCGAUCUGCGGAAACUUGAUGGCUUCACGGAUUUUUUUGCAAUCUUCAGCGGCACCUCUGAUAUUCAAAUAGAAGGUAUAUCGCAAGCCAUCAUUGAGGAACUCGAAACGAACUGGGCACAGCGUCCUUGGCAUCAGGAGGGUGAGCGCAAAGCAGAUUGGAUUCUGUUAGACUAUGUGGACUUUGUCGUACAUGUUUUUCUUUCCGAUAGGCGUUCCUACUAUAAUCUUGAACGCUUGUGGGCUGAGGCAAACCAGAUUGAAUUGCCAGAAUUAACGAUGCCUAUUCACCAAGAAACAUGGGAAGAAGAUGUGGAUCCUGAUGGUGUAUUGGUUUUUGGUGAGCAGGAGAAAAGCACGCCAGAGGGUAAUUUCGUUUUGGCGAGAUGCGUCGUUAAAAAUCUGGAGUAG